AUGUCUGCCUUCGCCAAGAUCAAGAAGCACGUCCCCACCGAGACCCUCCCUAUCGUCACCAUUGUCACUGGUGCCGUUAUGGGUGCUGGCUACUACCUUUACCGCCUCUCGCAGGGCUCUGAGGUCGUCUGGAACCGUCACGGUGACCAGCGCCCUUGGGACAAGAUCAAGCAGCACGAGAACAUCAAGUUCCUCUCUUACAACCCCGACUUCUGGGCCAAGCGCAAGGAGGAGGCCGCCCAGAAGGCCUCUGCUUAA